CGCAGAGCAGAAGCAGAGCUAAGUCGAGUCGAGUCGGGCAGAGCUGAGCUGAGCAGAGCAGAGCAGAGCAGAGCAGCUUAAACACCGGGCAAGCCUCCAAUGAACCACGCCUCAGGCCCCGCGUGGCCCGCUAAGCCGAUGUCCAGCAAUAACAGUAGCAGCAGCAGCAGCAGCAGCAGCAGCAGUAGCCGUAGCAGCAGCAGCGAUAGCCGCAGCGGCCGCAUCAAAGCAGUCAGCGUCACUGAUAGCCGCAGCGGUGGCGGUCGUGUAAGCGGGCAAUGAGCAAGUACGAAUAUUCAAUAGAACGGGAUAAACACCAUCAGCGCCAGUGGCAACACCUUCUACAUCAAGAGCAGCAACAGCAGCAGCAGCAGCAGCAACAGCAGCAACAACAGCAACAACAGCAUCAGCAGCUGCAGUCGCAGCAAUAUCAUUACCAGCGUCACGCUGUCGCUGUCGCAGUUGCCGUCGCUGUUGCUGUCGCUGUCGCCGUUGGCGUCGCUGUUGAAGACCGUGUUUAUAGUCAGAGCGACAGUUAAGCGACGGCAGCGGCAGGUGUCAUUUGAAUUUGAGUUGCGCGGACGCGUUCAAAUCGAAAGCUCGAGUUUAUAACGCACGCGACGCCGACGCGACGUUAACGCUGACGUCGACAGCGAUGAGUGCG